AUGUUUUAUGCCAAGAAGUCAGCAAAGGAGUUGUUGGAUGCUUUGGACAAGAAAUACAAAAUUGAGGAUGCUGUGGCAAAGAAAUUUGUCGUUGGCUGGUUUUUAGAUUUCAAAAUGGUAGACUCUAAAACCAUCAUUAGCCAGGCCCAAGAUUUCCAACUAAUUCUGCACAAGAUUCAUGCAGAGGGAAUGUUACUCAGUGAAUCAUUCCAAGCAGCUACUUUGAUUGAGAAGCUACCUCUCGACUGGAAAAACUUCAAGAACUACUUGAAGCACAGGUUCAAUGGGAAGUGUUACAACUGUGGUAGUGAUGUGCAUAGGGCUAUUGAUUGCCACAAAAAGAAGAAGUCGUACAAGAAGAAUCCUCCACAAAACAAAAGUCGAGCUCACAUGGCUGAAAUGGAGGAUCUUUCUCUAGACAUAGAUGAUAUGCAUCUUUUGGCUGACGUCUUUGAGGUGAACAUGGUGGGAUCCAAUUUGAAGGAAUGGUGGGUGGACACUAGGGCCACUUGCCAUAUCUAUGCAGAGAAAAAGAUGUUCACAACUUUUGAGCCGAUUUCAAAUGGUGAGAAGUUGUUCAUAUGGAAUUUUUUAAUCUCAACUGUUGAGGAGAAAUGCAAGGUAGUCCGAAAGAUGACUUCAAGGAAAGAGCUAACCCUGAACGAUGUCCUGUUUGUACCGGACAUUCGCAAAAAACUUGUUUCGGGGUCUUUUCUAAGCAAGCAUGGCUUCCGUAUGGUUUUUGAAUCUGAUAUGGUUGUGUUGACCAAAAGUAGAGUUUAUGUGGGGGAGAGAUAUAUGUCAAGUGGUAUGUUCAAGUUAAAUGUAAUGACUAUUAUCCCUAAAGUUAAUGAGAAAGUUUCUUCUUCUGGUUAUAUGCUUGAAUCCCCUGAAUUAUGUUGCGUAAAUUAA